AGCGAAACGUGCGCGUCGUGUAAUGGACGUGCCGGCUCCCAUUUAGCCCAUCGAAUCUUCAAGUUCAAACGUGGACACAGCGGAUUACCUUUGCCCUAAAAACCAACAAAAAAUCUAAAAACGCAAGAAAAACUGUCAAGUGAAUCCGAACAAACAUCGAGUUGAAAAAACCCACAAAGUGCGCGAAAUGUUGAGCUACGUGUAAAAGCGAUUUAAAGGAUCCUAUCUAUAACUCUGUGAGAUACAAAUCAAAGAUACAAAUCGGGAAGAAAGUGGCUAGUGAUCCCAUUGAAUUCUGAGAGUUCUAAACGACGAAAACCGUUCUGUUACUUGAGUGAAAAAGUUACAACCACAAGAUGACAAGAAGACGUUCGAGUCCGCCGGGACUCGAGGAGCUGCUCUGCAUGGCGCUCGUCCUUCUGGCCUUGGUCCUGAUACCCGCCCAAGCCGCCCCGUUGCAGGAGUACACGGAGAUCCAGCAGUAUUCUGAGGGCUGCUACUACAACUAUGCGCACUACCAAGAAGGCGAUCGCAUCAUGACCAAUGAGCCGUGCCUCAACUGCACCUGCCACAACCGCAUGCUGAUGUGCUACCUGCGCGUCUGCCCCUUCACAAAGCCCAUUGGCCACGACUGCAUCGUGGAGAAGCGGGAGGACCAGUGCUGCCCCAUCAUCACCUGUCCCGAAGUCCCAGUGGAUGUGCCCUACCACUCGCCGGAACCCGGAACCGAGCUGAGCAUCCCCGAGAAGUUCGGCUGCAGCAUCGAGGAGAAGUUCUACCCGGAGGGCGCCCAGGUGCCAUCGAACCCCAACAAACCCUGCGAACUCUGCUACUGCAUCAACAACCAGACCAAGUGCGUCAUGCAGGAGUGCACGCUCCACGUGGACGGCUGUCUGCCCAUCUACAACAAGGGAUCCUGCUGCCCAGUGCGCUACAGUUGCGACCAUGAGAACGAAUUGGACUUUGUGGACCAGUCGACCACCACGACCACCACCACAGUGCGUCCCACCACCGGCUUCAUCCUGGAGAGCACAAUGACCCCGCCAACCUCCACCGACUGCAUCCACGACGGCGAGGUCUACGCCGACGGAGCCUCGCUGAAGGGCAAGAAUGCCUGCGAGCACUGCUACUGCAUGCGAGGAGAUAUUGUGUGUGCCGUCCAGGAAUGCGAGGUGCCCAUGAUGGCAGCCAACGGAAAGUCCUGCCGCGCCAUGCCCGCCGCCGAGGGAGAGUGCUGCCCGAGCAACUACGUCUGCGAGGACGACAGUGCCACCACCGAGAUCGUUGAGGUCACCACUGCUGAGGGAGUUACUUCGGCGCCGGCCAAGGGCAUUCACGCCGAGAUUCCCAAGGAGGAUGUGGAUCUGCAGGAGCACAUCGACGACGAGGAGAAGGACCAGGGCAAGGACAAGGAGAGCUCCACCGACAUUCCAUCCGCCGAACUGGGAAGCGGAGAGGUCGAGGACGAAGAGGAGGAGGGCAAGACCACCACCUCCACCACGGUUGCUCCUGAACGAGUCACGGACGAGAAGGACUUCUCCUUCGAGCCCGAAUCCUCCACCGCUGGCAUUGCCUCCGACUCCAGGAUCGAUGUGCCAUCCUCCACCGAGGACACCAAGGAAUCCGCCACCGAACCCGCCGAAUCCGCAACUCCAGAACCAGAGGGCAGCGGCGAAGAGACCAAGCCUGCCGAGAUUCCCGAGAAGGAUGUCACCGAGGAGGAGUUCAUCAAGGUCAGCACUUCCGCUCCAGCCAAGGCCAGUCCCGAAGAGGAAGUGGUCAAGGCCACCACCUCGUCGCCAACGGAAGAGGAGGAGGAGGUUAAGCCCACGUCGGAGGGAACAACUGCCGGAGAGGAGGAAGAAAGCAAACCUUCGGAGGAGGGAAGCGGUGAGGAGGAAAAGGAUGUCAAAGCCACAGAAGCCCCAGAGGAAUCCGAAGAGGAAGCCAAGCCCACUUCCACUCCAGCGACAAGCGAUGAAAAGGAGGAGGAGGAAGCCAAGCCCGCUGAGGGAAGCGGUGAGGAGGAACAGGAAGCCAAGCCCACUGCCGCUCCCGAGGGAAGCGGUGAGGAAGAGAAGGAUGCGGAGCUCAAGCCCACUUCUGCUCCAGCGGCAAGCGAAGAAACCGAACAGGAAGCCACUUCAGCUCCCGCCGAAAGCGAGGAACCCGAGGCAGGCAAGCCCACUCCAGCUCCAUCUGCCACCGAUGAUGUUGAACCACCCAAGCCCACUGAAUCCGCCGAGGAAGCUAGCAGUGAAGGCGAAGAGGAAAUCGUCAAGGCAACCACUCCUGCUGGAGAAGCAUCCAGUGAAGGAGAAGAGGAGAUCGUCAAGGCAACCACACCUGCUGGAGAAGUUCCCAGUGAAAGUGAGGAGGAGAUCGCCAAGGGAACCACUCCUGCUGGAGAAGCUUCCAGUGAAAGUGAGGAAGAAAUUGUCAAGGGAACCACGCCUGCUGGAGAAGCUUCCAGUGAAAGUGAGGAAGAAAUUGUCAAGGGAAGCACUCCUGCUGGUGAAGCUUCGAGUGAAGGAGAAGAGGAGAUUGUCAAGGGAACCACUCCUGCCGGAGAAGCUCCGAGUGAAGGAGAAGAAGAGAUUGUUAAGGGAACCACUCCUGCCGCAGAAGCUUCUAGUGAAGCCGAAGAGGAGAUUAUCAAGGGAACCACUCCUGCCGGAGAGCCUAGCAGCGAAGGAGAAGAAAGAUCCACUAUUGCUCCUAGAACCGAAAUCAAGGGUCACAAACAACCAGAGUCUGCCACAGAAUCUCCCGCGGAGGAUGAAUUGGUCAAACCCACAUCGCCGGUCGCUGAAACCGAAGAGGAGACCAUCAAGGUCACCACACCUGCCAUUCCCAGUGAAGAUGUCAGUUCCGAAGAGGAGAUCGUUAAGGCCACCACACCAAAGAGCUUGGAGGACAAGCCUGAGGCCGCCGAAGAGUCUACCGAGUUGCCAGCUGAAGAGGAAGAUAUUGCCAGUCCAACCAGCGCUCCACCCAUCGCCUCCUCUACUGAAGGAGUCCAGGAAGCUUCGGAGGAACCAAGCACCAGCGAACCUGCUCGGGCUGGCGACAAAGAAGAAGGCGCCGUCACCGUGCCCACUCCCGAGAAGGAUGAGCAAGAGUCUGGAGAGAUCGAAGAGGAUGCCACCGAGUUGCCAAUCGAGGAUGCUGUCAAGAGCACCACUGCCAAGACCCCAACCACCGAGAAGGCCGAGGAGGAGUCCUCCACCGAGUCUGAAAUCGAGACAGCUACCGACAAACAGGAGGUUCCAGAAGCCGAGCCCACUGACAAGGACCACAAGAAGGAGGAAGGUGAGCAGGCAAGCACUGAGCUGCCUGCCAAGUCAGAUAUUCACCCACCUGCCGAGGAGACUGAAGCCUCCACCAGUAAGCCGGAGACCAGUGAUGAAGCCGCUACAGAUAAGCCAAUCCCUGUUUACCUGCCACCUGCCGGAGCAGAGGAUUCCACGAAAGUCCAGGUACCAGCCACAGAAUCCCCAGUCGAAGAGAAACCAUCCAAGCCUGUGGAGACCACUUCAGAGUCCCAGGAUGUCCCGUCCAGCACUCAAGCCUCAGUCGACGAUCGCAAGGACAUCGAUGUGGAGAGGACCACCCUGCCACCGAGUGGCGAGGAUCAGAGCUCCGUCUCGGAACCCCUGCCCGCCAUGGAUCUGCCCGCUGUUAUUCCUGGCGAGGGCGACUGCCUGGUGGAGGGCAAGACCUAUGCCAACAACUCCAUUGUCCCAGCCACCGCACCCUGCGACGUGUCCUGCAGAUGCAUCAGCAGCCUUGUGGCCUGCCAGCAAAUGGAGUGCAAGUUGCCGGAGAACCCGGAGAAGUGCACCGUGUCUGCGGAUCUGGUCGAUGGCUGCUGUCCCACUUACGUCUGCGAUGAGAGCACCGAGAGUGCCGAAAAGGAACAGGAAUCCACUGCCAAGCCCGAUGACAAGAUCGACGAGGAUGUCUCCGAGAUCAGCACCGAGGAAGUUCCCAAGGAUGUCAUCAUGCCUACUGGCAUUACUGAGCAGCCUCUUUCUCACGUCAAGCCCGACGAAGAGAUUCAGCCGGUGACCUCUGUUCCUUCGCAGGAUGAGGAAUCCACGACUUCCAAGACUGAAAAGAAACCAAUUGAUGAGUCUGAAGAGGAUAAAAAACCAGUUGAUGAAUCCGAGGAAGACAAGAAACCAGUUGAUGAGUCCGAAGAACAUAAGAAACCAGUUGAAGAAUCUGAAGAGGACAAGAAGCCUGCUGUCGAAUCUGAGGAGAAGGACAAGCCUGCUGUCAAUGAAAUCGAGGAGGAGACCCAGAAACCUCUUGAGAAGGAACCCAAGCCCGAGGACAAGAAGAAGAUCGAGGGAGAAUUCGUGUCAGCCACUGAGCAACCGGAGGCUUCUACUCCCUCCCAGGUGGACGAGGAAUCCGAGAAGGAGACUGAAGACAAGCUGGCCACCACUUCUGCUCCAGUUUCUAGUGAUGAAGAGCUCAAGCCGGUCGACGAACAGAAACCCACUGAGGAAGAGGCUAUCCCUGCCAGCACUGCUCAACCCGAAAAGGAGUCACCAGAGUCCUCUACUGAACUGCCAAUUGCUGAUCUUGACAAGAAACCGGAGGCGGAGGAACCUGCUCCAGCCACUGAGGCCCCUGAGUCCGAUAAGAUUCCCGAAGCUUCGACUGCAGCACUUCCAGCUGGAGAAGAGAGCGAAGAAUCUGUCGAAAUCACGACCGCUGCUCCAUCGAAGGCUUCUCCCUUGGAUGAAAAGGAAACUUCCGGUGAGGAAGAUAUCGUUCCUCCCAUUUCUGUGCCCGUUGAAAGCGAAGUUGAAAUCGGAACCGAGAAGCCAGACGUGCACGGACCACCUCUACCCACCCUUGCUCCCAGUCAGCCAGAGAAGAAACCAGUCGAGGAGGAGUCCUCCACUGAAAUCAGUACCGAACCAAGCGCUGAAGGAGAGAAGGAAACCUCUGACGAGAAUGAAAUCGAGGUCGUUGCUACUCCUGCUCCUGCUCCUGUUGAAUCUGCUGAUGAGGACAAGACCCCAAGCACCGACAAGACUGUCGAAGCCGAAGAGAAGGCCACCACGGUUGCUCCAUCUGUUGGCGACGAGGAGGAGGGCAAUCUGCCCAAGCUGCCCCAGGAUAUCUUUGAAGAGGAACUGCCUGUCGCUAUCACUACUUCUGCUCCCUCGAAGGAGGAGGCUGAACAGAGGCCAGUUGAAGAAGGACAAAAACCAGUCGAAGAAGAAGGGAAACCAGUCGAGGACGAAAAGAAACCAGUUGAAGAGGGACAGAAGCCCGUUGAGGAAGAGAGCUCCACAGCUACUUCUGCCGAAAAUGAGGUCGAGCCUGAAUCUGAUCGCGCAACCACUGUGGCUCCUGCCAGGGAUGAGUCUGCCGAGCCUUCCACUGGAGCUCCUGCAUCUGAUGAUAGCAAGGAAACCCCUGAAGCUGAAGUACCCACAACUGUUUCCCCUGCUGAUGAGAAGAUUCCUUCCAGCAGUUUUACUCCUGAAGAGGAGCCUUCUUCUGCCACUUCUGCUCCUGUUGCCAAGCCGGAUGAAGAUGUAGAAAAGGAAACCGAAAGCGCCAGUGGUAUUCCUGAAUCUUCCUCUGAGGAGGACAAGGAAACAUCCACGGAUCAGACUCCAUCUCUUUCUGCCGAAGAGAAGCCUGAAGCUCCUACCAAGACUCCAGAGGAGGCAGAGGAAUCUGUUGAGGUCACCACCACGCGAACGGCCGCCAAUGAAGUGCCCUCUAUCCCGAAACUGCCUGAGGAAGUCCUUGCUGAGAUUCCGUCACCCUCUACCGAGACCGGAGUCAAACAGGAAGCGGAAACUACUGCUGCUCCAAUUGCUGACCAGAAGGAACCUGCUGUUACCUCGAUCCCGUCUGCUGAAAUCGACCAGGAAGCCACCACAGUUUCUUCCAUCUCUGAGAAGGAUGAGAAGCCGACUGAGGAAGAGAAACCAGUGGAGGAGGAGAAACCAGUGGAGGGGGAGAAGCCAACUGAGAAACCAGUGGAGGAGGAGAAACCAACUGGAGAGGAGCCAUCUGAGGAAGAGGAGAAGGAGAAGCCCUCGGAAGAGGAGCCAUCUACUGAGGAACCUGCCAAGAUUGCCAAGCCAGAAGAUAAGCUUGAAGCUAAGCCUGCUUUCACUGAAACUCCCGAGGAGGGAUCCACGGAAUCGUCUGAGGAAGUUGAACCAUCGACUGAAGGAGCUGCUGAUCAGAAGCCCGAAGACAAGCAGCCCUCAUCUACUGCCCAGUCGCCAGUUGAGAAGAUUCCCGAAGCUUCUACCGAGCUGCCAAUUGAGGAUGCCGACAAGGUCACAACUGUUGCUCCUGUUGCCGCCGAUGAAGCUACCGCAGCUCCAUCUGACGAAAAGACUCCCUCCGAGGAAGAAGAGAAGACUCCUUCAGAGGAGGACGAGAGCCCAGAAGCUACUACUGCCUCUCCUCAGGCUGUCGGAGAUGAUGACACCAAGAAGUUACCAGAGGUGGAACCAUCUUCCACUGAAGCUGAAGACAAGAAGCCCGUCGACGAGAAGGAGACUGAAGAGAAACCUGAUUCUACUACCCAUGUUCCUGAUCUCGCAGAGGGAGCUGUUUCUUCGACCACUUCUGCCCCAGUUGCUGGUGAGGAUAUCGAAAAGGAGGUUGAGGCCACCACUGCCUCGCCUGUCGAGGAACAGGAGGAAGAAGAGAUCAAGCCGACCGGCGCUCCAGCUGCCGAGAUUCCCGAACCAUCCGAAAAGGAGCCUGCACAGGAUGAACAAGAAGUGGAGGUCACCACCAAGCCAAGCAGCGAAGAAUCUGACGAACAGCCCAUUGAUGAGACUGUCGCCGCGACAUCUGGACCGGUUGAGGAAGCUUCCACAGCCGCUCCUGCCAAGGAGGAAUCCAGCACUUCGCCUCAGGAGAAGGAUGAAGUUGAAAUCACCACAGCUGCCGGCCCAGCUUCGCCUGCUGUUCACGAUGAGGACACCAAAGAAACCAUCACUGAACAACCUGUUUCUGAUGAGAACGAGGUGCCUGCAACCCAAGAUGAAACCAAAACUCCCAUUGAUCUGGCUACCGACUCUCCCGUCGAAGAAGAAGAUAAGGAACAGGACAAGACUGAGGCUCCAGUUGCACCCACAACAGUCGCUCCUGCCACAUCUGCUGCUGAUUCUACCACUCCUUCUGAGGGUGUUCCUCCUGCCCAGGAGAUCGACACCAAGCCCAUGGAGGAGGUCAUGUCCCAGACUAUUGCACCCCACGCCGCCGAUGAGUCUGCGUCCACAUCCGCCGAGGAGGAAGACCAGUCUCCAGUUACUGUGUCUCCUCAGGAUGCUGACAAGACUCCAGUUACCGCGGCUCCCGAGGAUUCGGACAAGACUCCAGUCCCAGAGGCUCCCGAGGAUGCUGAUAAGGCUCCAGCCACAGUUUCUCCCCAGGAUGCUGACAAAACUCCAGUUACUGGAGCUCCUCAAGAUGAAGACAAAACGCCGGUCACAGUGGCUCCUGAAACUGCUGACGAAGUCCCAUCAUCAGUAUCUCCUGUGGAUGACGAGAAGACUCCUGCCACUGCUGCUCCCGUGGAUGAUGAAAAGGCACCCGCCACUUCAGUUCCCGUGGAAGAGGAAGAGAUCCCAGCUACCCAAGCUCCAGUUGAUGACGAGAAGAUUCCCUCUACUGCCGCUCCUGUGGCUGAUGACAAGACUCCUGCUGGCAUUGCUCCAGUUGCCUUCGAUGUGGAGCCAAGUACCGAGAAGCCUACCACUUCGGAGGAUGUUGGUGAAGAGAGCACCGAACCUGCUGUCGAUGAUGCUGAGGAUACCACUGAUGCUGAGGACACUGCUGAUCCUAAAUUGAGGCCACCCACUCCCGCGCCUGCUGUUCCAUCGGAGUCGCCAGUCACCGACGCCGAUAUUGUGGCCGAAACCGCAACUUCAGAGGUUGAGAAGGAGGUGCCUGAAAAGGAGGUUCCAGAGAAGGAUGUGGCAGAGAAGGAGGCGCCAGAGAAGCAGGCACCCGAGAAGGAGGUUUCCACCGAGCAACCAGAAUCCGCUGACGAGAAGACCACACCCGAGCCAGUAGUGAAGCCCAGCUUGGAUUCCAGCGAGGAGGGCGAGGAAUCCGUGGAGUCUGAGGAGGAGCACGCUGCAGUCACGGAACCAACCGACAAGCAGGACGAGAGCAAGGAGACUGAGGAGGACGCCGAGAAGAAGCCCGAGCCGGAGGAGCCAGAGGAGCCUGCUGUGGUGUCCGAGAUUACUCCACCAAGCGAAGAGGCGGUUCCCACAACUGGCCACCCACUGUUCCCACACCUGCCAAGCAGCUCCACCAAGGCACCAUCCAUCGUGGACCGCGUUGGCGAAGAGGACGAGGAGAGCACCACAGUGAAGUCGAGUGCCUCCAGCACCACAGAGGCGCCAGUUUCCACGACGACGGUGGCCAGCCAACAGCAGCAGCCCAUCACCCCACCGCCCUACGGCCACGCCCCCGAGUACGAGGAUGAGUACGACGAGGAGGAGGUCUUCGGACCCGGCACCUGCCGCUACGCCGGCAAGCUGUACGUGUCCGCCCAGCAGAUCCCACGCGACGAUCCCUGCGACUUCUGCUUCUGCUUCCGAAGCGACAUCAUCUGCCUGCAGCAGUCGUGCCCGCCACCGAUCGCCGGCUGCCACGAGGAGCCCAUCUCCGGCUUCUGCUGCCCGCGCUACGAGUGCCCGGUGUCUAUGGCCGCGGUGCUGAACAUCACGACGAGCACCACCACGACCAGCACCACCCUGCCGCCCCACUUCCUGCACUAUUCGCACGGCGAGGCGGUCAAGCACACCGGCUGCCUGAUCAACGGCCGAUCCUACCGCGUUGGCGAGCAGAUCGAGUCGACGAGCGGUCCCUGCAUCAGCUGCACUUGCGGCGGCGACGGCAAGAUGAAGUGCGAUCCCCAGCAGUGCGUGCCCGAGCCCACCAUGCAGCAGGUGAUGGCCGCCGUGGCGUCGGGACGCAAGAGAUGAACCACCAGCCAUGCUCACUAAAUAUAAUUUAACUAAUUCUUAAGCACUGCAGACAACAAUCACGAACCGACGAAAGAAACCAGCCCAGAUCGCACCACUCGCCAACUAGCAGCAAUAGCAAUAGAGACCACCACUAGAAAUCGGAAAAGAAAGAAAAGAAAGAAAUGAAAUGGAAAGGAAAUGAAAUAGGAAAUCGGAUAAGAAUAGGUGCCCCAAAAGAUCAGAUGCAAUAGUCUUACUUUCGGUUUGCCGACACUCGCACUCUUUCAAUUACGCCCCACUUGUUUCGGAUUAGGUUACGGUGACGAAGCAACCAGUGAUAUUGUACUGUAUACAUAGUAUAGGUGCAAUUAAUUUAGACGCGCUCACUUAAAACGAUUACUUAUUCGUAUGUGUACUAGUAUUGGGCUUGUGACCCUAGUGACAGGACAUAUAGCCACCACAGCAGCCGACGAAGCGCGUGCCUUGUAAGGUCGUUCAUUGUGCCCGCCGCCAUACAAUCGCUUUCAGGAGACUCUCAAGCACCCCCGUAAGAAAAUGAAACUAUAGCGAAGAUAUUCCGGAACCGGAUCGCAAUCAAUGGCGUUACGAAGCCACGGCAUUCGGCCGCCGGACCGGACUCUACACCCACUUGCCCCGUCCGUCCGGUGGCUCACUCUUCUCCAAUGCGCUUUUAUAGUAUUUUAGUCACCUUAUUUUUUAAACAUUAUUAUUUUUGUGUAUAAUUGUUGCUUCUAGUCUUCUUUUGUUGCAAGAGCAACGGAAUCCGCCUGUAACACGCGCACAACCCGAUCGAAUCAAUCAGAUCAGAUCGGACAAGUUGAAUCAAAUUGAGUUGAGUUGAGUUGAGAAACUGUAUCUUCUACGAACUAUUCCAAGCUUUUAUACUUUUAUAUAAAAAAAAACAAACAAUACGUGUAGAGUGGAGAAACGAACGAACUAGUUUUUAUAGCAAUUUUACAAACGAACGCACGAAUUGCAUAGUUUUAACGGAUUGAAUUUGUACUUUGCCCGCUGCGCCUGCGCACUAAACGUGCGUCUGGUGCAAAUGAGGUGGCCAAACCGUAGUCUACAUAGAAUUUUUAGAUCAACUGAAACUGAAACGGAAACGGAAACUAAAUACGGAACCGAAAAAAAAACACUGUCGGCUAUGGCUACUGCUCGACUGACUGAAAAUCGCACAGAUCGGAGAGGAGUUACCUUUGUAAACUAUUUUUUUUAACCGCCAGCUGCCGCGCUGGUGAUUACUUUAUUGGUCGUAGCAUAUAGAACGGAACGCCCGGAUCUUCAGUCACUUGAGCCUUAGCAAUACGCCGGAAUCUUGAGGCGUCUCAACCACGCCGACGGAUACGAACAUCAAUUAGAUUUAUAUAAUCUCUAAAUAUAGUUUUAGCCCUAAGUAUUUAAUUUUAAAAAUAAAUAAAUAAAUUUUAAUUUAGAUCUUAUUUAUUUGAUAUGUCUUUUAAGAACAGCUCUUGUGUUUCCAUACCUUAUCAUAAUUUAUGUGCAAGCUAUUCUUUGUAAUCUAAUAAAUAAAUACAACGCUUUUUAUUGAAAUGUAAA